CAUUUAACAAGCUAAAUAAGACUAUGUUUUCAUGUUCCUAUUUGUGUCUCAUUUCAACCAAAUUUGCUUAUUCAAUGGAACCGUUAGUGGUUAGAGGAAUAAUAAACGAUUGGAAAAGUUUACAAGAUUUUUCGUUUGAUUUUUUCACCCAACUGUAUUCAUCUUCAAAUCCAUUUUAUCGAUGCCAAUUUUUCCCAAACAAAACACCAUUUAAAUCGUUGAGAGAAGCUUUGGAUAGUAUUUCUGGUCAUGUUGAUGCUGACUAUUUCAAGAGUUGGUACAUUGGAUGGUCCAAUUGUGAUCCUUCAAUAACUCAAAAGCUGCGUCAAUAUUAUAAAAGGCCAAGCUUUUUACCAAGUGAUUCGGAAGAUUCAAGGCUUGAUUGGAUAUUCAUGGGUACUCCUGGUUAUGGAGCUCCUAUGCAUGUGAGUCAAAUGAGUUAUAAAUUGUUCAAUUUAAAGGUAAAUCUUUGUCUGGUUAAUCAAGAUUGACAAUGUUGGUUAUCCUUCAUGGCAAGCACAGAUCAAGGGAAGUAAAAAGUGGAUCCUUGAACCACCAAUUGAAUGUUAUUUUACCUGCAAACGAUUCGAAAUUACG